ACUACGACUUCAUUUUAGGGGAUAUCAGCAAAGUAGAAUUAGCACCUCACUUCUCUGAGAUUUCAAUUUUUGAACAUUGUUCGAAGGUGAUUAUGGCCUACAGUGAUGAACCAAUGAGUGGGAAAGCAGUAAUACUCGUUGGAUAAUCAUUCCAGUCAGACUAGGAUGGUACAAUAUAGGGAAAUGCGCUUUGGUAGGAACUAAAAUACCUUUCCGUGAUCCGCUUCCAUUACUGCUUAUUCGAAGGACUGCAAAUGUUUCAGAGUCUUUCACUUCUUUGUCUUCUUUUCCAGUUUCCAAGUAACAUGGUGACAACUUCCCUGCUAAUUAUACCAAAGAUGUCCUCUUCAAAAUUUUCUUCCCGCUUCCUGCCCUGGUGCCCUCUUUUCAUUCUCAUUCUGAACGAGGAGAGCGCGAUUUUAUAUUGUAAAUUUGUAACUCGCGUUAUAUUUGGAGGAGUAUCUUUUUCCAUUGGGCUUUGCAAGUUAGAUGGCGUCUGCUGGUCAGAAAAAGUUAGACGGCGUCUCGUAGUUGUCUUCCUUUGCUUGACACACGUAUCAGUAUUAUGAAUCCUGAGGGUUGGCUUGCUCAAGUCGUAUCAUAAUAGAAUAAGAUAUGAAUCGAUAUGGGAAUCAUACUGUGGUCCCAUAGGAGCACAUAAAUCCAAAUUGUUUGGACUCACCCGGAAUUUUUGUACUUAUUUUUUCUUCGGACGCGAAUCCGCUGAGCUCAGCCUCCGAAAGCACUCGUGUGACCGCACCGUUUUUUGUCCCGGAAAUAAUCCAGUGAUGGCGGAAAUCAAAGCCGAUACAGCUCUCCGGCACACUCUUGUCGUUUCAGAGCCGGGCGUUUCCGACGAGAAGCCGCCCAAGCCAAAGCGCGUCGCCUCGCUCGAUAUCUUCCGUGGUCUUACUGUUGCGCUAAUGAUCUUGGUAGAUGACGCGGGCGGCCAAUGGCCUGUGAUUGGUCAUGCGCCAUGGAAUGGGUGCAACCUUGCUGAUUUUGUAAUGCCCUUCUUUUUGUUCAUUGUGGGGAUGGCCAUUCCACUGGCUCUCAAGAGAAUACCAAAUAGACUUCUUGCUGUGAAAAAGGUGCUAAUAAGAACAUUCAAACUCCUCUUCUGGGGUCUGCUUUUACAAGGUGGUUUCUCACAUGCUCCGGACCAUCUAUCAUAUGGAGUUGACAUGAGACGCAUAAGGUGGUGUGGCAUUCUUCAGAGAAUUGCCCUAGCAUAUUUGAUUGUAGCGCUGGUGGAAAUGUAUUCGAAGAGUGAACAAACUGACGAUCAGGCAACCACCGAAUUUUCAGUAUUCGAAUUAUACUAUUGGCACUGGUUGUUGGCAGCAUGCAUACUUAUUGUGUACAUGGCUUUACUUUAUGGAAUGUUUGUCCCAGACUGGAAAUUCACUGUCCAAAACCCUGACAGCAUUUAUUACGGCAAAACUUUAAGGGUAGUCUGUGGCGUUAGAGGAAAACUAGAUCCCCCUUGCAACGCUGUGGGAUAUAUUGACAGAGAAGUGCUCGGAAUUAAUCACAUGUACAAGCGUCCAGCUUGGAGGAGGUCUGAAGCUUGUAAUGAGAAUUCCCCAUAUGAGGGGCCUUUCAAAAGAAGUGCUCCUUCCUGGUGUUAUGCUUCUUUUGAGCCGGAAGGAAUCCUAAGCUCAAUAUCUGCUGUUCUCUCCACAGUUAUCGGAUUGCAUUUUGGACAUGUACUAGUACACUUGCAGGAUCAUGCUUCUAGGCUAAAGCACUGGCUUCUUAUGGGCUUAGCUCUCCUUAUUUCUGGACUCAUUCUUCACUUCACUCAUGCCAUUCCUCUAAAUAAACAGUUAUACACGCUCAGUUAUGUUUGUGUAACAUCUGGAGCUGCAGCAUUAGUAUUCUCUGCCUUUUAUAUUGUGUUCGAUAUUUGGGGUUUGAAAUGCUUCUUCUUGCCUUUCAAAUGGAUUGGUAUGAGCGCCAUGCUUGUCUAUGUUAUGGCGGCUGAAGGAAUCUUUGCGGCAUUUAUUAAUGGGUGGUAUUAUGAUGAUCCUCACAAUACGCUGAUAUAUUGGAUCCAAAAGCACGUCUUCAUCAAAGUAUGGCACUCCAUGAGAGUGGGCAUUCUGCUCUAUGUUAUCUUUGCAGAGAUUCUAUUCUGGGCUGUCGUUGCUGGCAUUUUUCACCGACUGGGUGUCUAUUGGAAGCUUUGAAUUUUAUAUUGGUGUGAUUUAAUUUUCACUCAGAAUGCUGCUGUAUUCAGUAGAUCCGUGAACCCCUGAUGCAUCAUAACCGCACUCGUUCCAUGUGACUAUGCUUUAGAAAGAAUAUAGAAGUUGUGAGUUGUGACGCUUUGGUCAGUGUGGUUAUUUUUUUUCUCUUUAAGUAAAUGAAAACUAAAAUAUUUGAGUUGAAAAA